AUGAAAGAAAACACAACAAGUGUUCAUUAAAUUUCUUGGCAACUUCGUUUCCUUCCCUGCAAAGGCAAAUCUGCAUGGCACGCCAACGCACUCUGUCUCUGCGCCUCUCCUCACAUCUCAUCAGUAAUCACCUCCACCAAAAUGCCACCUCCUCUUCUCCUUUUCUCUCACAGUCUUCUCCUACCCAUUUAUUCCUGAAUCACAAAUCCGGAUCCAUGGAGGUGGCUAGCAGGGGCGCCAUGGACCUGAGCGCUGGCGACCAUCCCACGAGGUCUCGAUGGCGUUGCGGCGUCCUCAUCGUGGUACUCCGAGCAUGAUUGUUGCGGCACCGCUCCUCCUUGUGUCCACAACGGAUGAUGUGCACAGUGGGAUCUCCCUCAUAGCAAGGUGAAGCGGUGCUCCUCCCCACGACUCCGUCGGCAAGGCGACGAUAAGAGUGAGAAGGCGGGCGACGCCGCAAGCUCAUGUCCCGUCAGGGCAGCGCGCUUGGGCGCAAAGGAGGAUGUGGGAAAUUGGUUGGCCCCGCCGCUCGCCGGGGAUGGAGGACUGGAGGUCCGCCGCGAGAUCUUGUCCCGUCGGGGCAUCGCUCUUGGGGCGCGAAGGAGGAGGUGGGAAAUAGGGUGGCCCCGCCACUCACCAGGGAUGGAGGACUCGAGGUCCAUGUUUGCGUCGGCACCGCCUUCGCCCGGGCCAUCGUCGUCGCCUGCGUCGUAGAUCAGGCCGCACGCGCGACACGUGCAGACUCGCAGCUUAGCAGUUUCGGUAUUAGAUGCAGCGCGCGUGGAAGUGAAGGUCUGUCGGAGCUGGAGGAGGCGCCGAGAGGAGCCCAAGAGAAGUUGCUGCGCACUACAGUGAAUAUUGAUGCUAUGGUGAACCAGAAGCGAUAGGGGUAUCAAAUCCACGCCAAGGUGCAGGUACAGUGACUGGAGUUUUGUUCAAUCCUCCUCAUCAUACUUGUGCAUUCUGAUGCAACUUUUGUCUAGCCGGAUGAUCUGCAUAGAUUGAUGAUAGCUGAAAUGGUAAACCAAUGCAAAUGGCUUGACAGUCUUCACCUAAUUAGAAUAUGCAGGUUCACACUAUAAGAAUAUGUAAAAUAGUAGCUGAAAGAUGGAGUUCUAACACUUCUUUCUCCUAUUUUUAUUGUUUGUUAUAUACGGUUCAGCAACAAUCAUUCGUCAGAUUGGUAAGCAGAUGAUCAAAUUAUUAUAUUGUACUUUGUUGUUUGGGGCCUCAUUGGAGAAAAUUUGCAUACUCUUAGCAAAGUAGUUGACGCUUGAUGAUGUUUCUCAUUCUCUUAGGACAUUUGGCAUACCAUGAAACAGACGUUCUUUGAGGUAUUUGAGUGUGUGAUUGCACAACAACCAAAUUGAAGUUAUCUCUUACUGCUUGGAUAUAAUUGCUAAAUAAGUUCAGCAAUGUUUUCUUGAGACCAUAUGUCCAACUACAAGAGUGAUUUCCUCGUAGUAUGUGCAAUUUCUCCCGUAAAGUUUAUAGAGAGGGCUUUGAGACUUGGCUACAUUGACCUGCUCCUUUUGUUCCUCUUGCAUUUUUAUCUGUACUUAUCAUGAACUUUCCAUUUUAAAAGCUGUUUUUGUAUGUCUCUUGGAGGAGCAUAAUCAAUUUAAGGAACCAUCGUCGCUCUUUGAACAUUUUUUGUAGCUGGACUCCAUUCUUAAGCAAAUGUUGCAUUAAUUGAGGAUGCUUUUGCAAAAAAGAAAGCUUGGGAGUCUAAUGUAGAAUGUUCAGAGAUU